ACCAAGAGCGGUAACCCCGAGCUACACUCGGGCUUACCAUGCGGCGUUGCUCAGGAAGUCCCUGCAGCACUUACCUUGUCCUUCGCUCCCACGAUGUGUCCCCUGCAGCGUCCCCAGCCAUCUCCUCCAGCUGAUGCCGGCUUCCGUGUUCCGGUCCCUGUGACGUCGGGACGUACGGGCGCCGGAAACUGGCGGCAAAUUUAAAAGCUUUAAAAAAUGUAAUUUUUAAAAAAAAUGAUUAUUACAUAUGCUUUGUCCUGUGCCCUGCCUGCAUUUUGACUGUUCUUUCUG